UCAACAGGCCCUGUCCAUAUAGUAGGAUGUUGAGAUGGAGUGGCGUGUCUCUAUGACAACACGUUUCGUUUCAACAGCAGAAAGACUGAACUCUCUGGGAUGAUGGGGCAUACCGGUUAGCCACAGUACCAGAAGAAACCUGGAGAAUGGCAGUAUUGCCUGUGUGGUCCCUCGCCAUCCCUCUCCCUGCUGUGUUGAUGAUAGUAGUGAGCGUCUACAUCCUGCUCCUGGUGGUAGCACUAUGGUGUCGACACUGCUUUAAAGCUCAGUGCUCACCACAGUGCAGUAACUGCUGUGCCAACAUCAGACCCUGUGAAUACUGUCUCGUAUGCGCAGAAUCGUGCGACUGUCGUCUUCCGUCACUGCGCACCUGCCUUGACCAAACCUGCCCCUCUCCUUCUUGUGCCAUGUGGGACUGUGCGUGUACCUGCCAGCCCCCCGACUGUGAGUCCAUCAACUGCCUCUGCUUCGAGAUCAAGUUCAGAUAGAGAGAGGGUAGAAGCUGGAAGCUACUGACCAGCAGAGGAGCGGGCACAAAGGGGCUGGGACUCGCACACACGAGCACAAGGAAACGGAGACCUUUGUAUAAACAACAUACAGUUGUAGACACACACUGAGGGAAGACAGAUAUAGAAGCACAGAUGCUUGUGAUCACACAUUUUUAAAUGCACUACAAACAGACACAAACACAGACAAUGAGGUACAAGCAUUAAUAUUGAUAGAGCUAAAUGAUCCAGAAAUGAAUGAAGCCUCUAAUUAAACAGUU